UCUUACGUUUCAUACCCAAUUUCAUUCCUCAAUUUUCUCUGCACACAAUCAGCCAAGCAUAUCUCCUCAGUCUUUCCUUCAUCUCUUGAUUCUCUGACAGCCGUUUGUUACCAUCAUCGUCAGUAUGCUGUCAAUACGACCUACAAGAAGAUUCAUCAUCUCCAGGAUAAUUUAAAAUGACAGAGCCUUCUAAAGUCAUUCACGUUCGGAAUGUUGGUCACGAGAUUUCGGAGAUUGAUGUUACGCUCUCUGAUGGAACAUUGGCCAGAUCUGCAGUACCAGUGGUGCUUCAACAGCUAUAUAUGAAGCCCUAGAAUUAAGAGAUGGAGGUUCUGACUAGCUAGGAAAGGUGUCUUGAAGGCUGUUGAGAAUGUCAACUCAAUAAUCGGACCUUCCUUAAUUGGAAAGAGCAAACAAAAAUUGACAACUUGAUGGUUCAAGAACUUGAUGGAACUGUAAAUGAAUGGGGUUGGUGCAAACAGAAGCUUGGAUCAAAUGCUAUACUAGCAGUCUCACUUGUUGUGUGUAAAGCAGGACCUUCAGUCAAAAAAAUCCCUCUCUAUAAGGAGUUCAUGAUUCUCCCUAUUGGAGCUUCUUCUUUCAAGGAAGCCAUUAAAAUGGGUGUGGAAGUAUAA